UAUAAACUCAAUUUAAUUUCUACUUCAUCAAAUCGAACAUCAGAACUACGACAACACUCUUAAAAAAAUAAAUAAAUCAUAAAAAUUACUAAAUGGCGGUAGCUAAUGUCUACGUAUUCGCUUUCCUUACAGCGCUGGUAGCUGUAAACCUAAUUUUUGCUGAGCAGAAUUCUCUGGAACAGCAAUCACAACUCUUCGGCCAAGAAGAUGUCGGCUCUGAUUCUGAACGUGAAGUAAGAUCUGCAGAAGAAGAGGAAGGACAACAAGAGAGAACAUUUUGGUUGUUGUUCCCCACAACCACCACAUGCAACUACACUUCCCAGGGUGGAUCGCGGUGUGCUAGCUGUAGACGAGCUGUUCGCUGCCUUCCCAACAAUGUAGGCAUUGUACGCACCUGCCGCGGACUCCUUCGCUACUGCAACAAUGGUCGAUGCUCACUCUUCCCUGGAUCUAAUUGCACCUCUGGUUAACGAAUCAGCUAAAUAUAUAAAUCAGAUCACUACACGGACCCUAAUCAAAUAAAAUAUUUGUAAUCUGAAACAUUUUCAAAUAAAUGUAUAUUAUAGCCUGCAUUUGCUUUUUUUCGAACAUAGAAUUGAUACUUUUUAGGCAUUAAAAAAAUCAUGUUCUUCUUA